AUGGCCAAGGAAUUUCCGCAUUGCGACGUCGUAGGGGUCGAUCUUGUCCCUCCUCGAAUUGACGGAGAACUACCCGCGAACUGCCGCUUCGAGAUAGAUGACGCGAACCUUGGGUUUUCACACUACCAAGAUUCCUUCGAUGUUGUACAUGCGCGGGCUGUUUCUGCAGGGAUACGAGAUUUUCCUCAGCUGCUCGAAGAGUUAGCGAGAUCUCUCCGUCCAGGAGGUGUUAUAUUACUAGGUGAUGGUGAACAACAACUCUAUGACGAACACAAAAGACCGAUGCCCCUUGGCGACCCCGAUUCCCCCGAAUUUUCAUGGAUCCACAAAGUUUUUUUUACUUCUUACAACGCGAUGAAAAAUCGCGGAGGGAGUAUCGACUCUCCGUGCAUGAACCCCACAUGGUUGAGGGCGAUCGAUAGCCUUAUGGAUGUUGGAUGGCACAAGAUCUUCGUUCCCAUGGGUCCAUGGCGAUAUGAUGACGAGAGGGAAAAAACGAUAUCCGAGCUCUGUCGCGAGAAUUGUUUACGUUAUAUCUCGGGACUGACUCCGUUAUUGCUGAGUGAGGGUUACCUGCCGGAGUACGUCGACAAAAUGUGUCGUGAGGCUUCUACAGAAUUGCGAGAGCUUCGCACACACAUUUACACUCGGUGGAAUUUUGCGUGGGCUGUCAAGAGGCCACCCGCAGACGUGCCAAUAGUACAGAUUGCGUAA